AUGUACGGCUACGGCACGAACAACACGACCUACUACCAGCCUCCGCCCCAACCACAAGCUCAGGCCGACGCGGCGUACCACGAAGCGGUGGCGCGCCAACAUGCGCAAUACGACGCCUAUGCCCGCGCGCACCAGCAGCAACAGAACAUGCACGCGCAGUUCCUCCGCCAGACGACAGCCGACGCUCAGCGCCAGGCUCAGCAGGCGCAGCAGUUUCAGCAAGAUUUUUUGCGGCAGACGUCUGGUGCAGGAGGGAGGAUGCCGCAGACGUUUCAUAAUUUCGGGCGGGACUCGGACGACGAGGAUGAUUCGAUGGGGUCGUCGAGGAAUAGGAUGGACGUGGACAGCGCAGGCCCAGGACCAGUACCGGGGUUCCCGCAGGCUAAUAUCCCGUCGUUCCCUCAACCAUCCUACGCGCCCGGCCCGGCCCCGUCCUUCCCAACGCCCCAACAACAUCAAAAUCCACAAUCCGCCUCAGCAUCAGCAUCAGCCUACGCGUCCUACCCUCACCGGCAAACGCCGAGCGCGCGCACGCAACACGAAGCCGCAACGCGCAUCCAGCGCUUCUGGCGCGCCUACCUCUCGCAGCGCACAUGGCGGCGCAACGCCUCUUUGCACCAGCUGUCCGUCCUGCGCCGGAAAUUCGACGGACUCGUGGCGGAAUUCGUGCCGCCGGCCACGCUGUCGUACGCGCCUACGCCCGACGCCCCCGAGAUCCUCGUGCCCACAUCACCCGUCCCUUACACCUCCUUCAUCCGGCUCUCGUCCGACGUCCUCUCCUCCCUCGGCCGCGCCGCGCCCCUCUCCUUCAACGUCGAGAUGAAGCCGAUCCACGCGACGUCUGAGGAGUUCGUGAGGGUCUUGGGCAAGCUGGACGCGGUGAACAGCUGGGGCGAUCCGAGGGUGCGCGAGGCGCGGAAGGCGCUGGCGGGCGCUGUGGAGGGCGAGGCGAGCAGGCUGGAGAGCUGGGUUAAGGUUGUGUGGUUUUCGAGGGAUGGGAGGGUCGCGCCGGGUAUGCCACAGGCUUCCACUGGGGCGCAGAGUAUGCCGCAGCCGGCGGGUGGGAUGGGCGCGGCUCCGUCUAUGCCGCAGAUGCCGACGAUGCCGACGAUGCCGCAGCCGAUGCAGGAUGAGAGGCAGGCGUGGGAGCAGGAGCUGCAGGAUCGGGAGCGGAGGGGGUCGUACCAGCCUCCUCCCGGCCCUCCUCCUUCCCAACCCCAACCUUCCACCCAGCAACAGCAACCUCAACCUACAACGCAACAAGAACACCCCUCGCUCCGCCAGCUCUCCGACCUGCGCGCCCAGUUCGCCAAGCUGUCGUCGGACUUUGCCGUGCCCGAGAUACUGGAGUACACGCUGCAGCCCGCGCGGCUGAUGUCGAACCAUCUGGAGCUCAUCGCGCGUCUGCCUACGUCGUACCUGCCCUACAGCACCUACACCCCCUCCCUCCCCUCCUCUCAGCCAUCUUCAACUCAAUCACAGGCGAAGAAAGACUACUCCGGCCCGCCCCUCGCCUUCUCCGCGCCCAACAAACCGCUGCACGCGUACAACGAGUCGCUCUCGCAGCUCCUGGGACUACUAGACGCGGUCGAGAGCGGCGGGGAUGUGAGGGUGAGGGAUGCGCGGAAGGGGCUGGCGGGCGAUGUGGAGGGCGAGGCGGUCAGGCUGGAGGGGUGGUGGAAGGAGCUGACACGCUCAUCCCUGCCACUCCUUGCGACGUGGCAGCCGGAACUGCGUUCUACGCCCCAGCCCUCAGUAUCAAUGAGCCUGCGCAAGGUCAUAGCCAAGACGGCCUGCGCGCGAAUGCCGUGUCCGGAACUCGUCUAUCACCCAGACUUGGAUCUGGACGACACUGUCGAGUGCCCGCUUUGUUCAGAACGAUGCAUGAGGGUGGACGACACGCAUCCGAGGUGGUGUUCGCGGUUGCGCAAUCUGAACCGGGUUGAGAGAGAUGCCACACCGGAAAGCGGAUACUCGACGUAUAAUGUGUACAUUGAAACCACGAAAACACGCUCGUUGUCUUGGACAGGCGUCCUACUCAGCUUGACAGGCCUCAACGACGGACUAGAUGCCGAAUGGCUCGUUUAUGUCAUGAGUGCCACCCGCUGCGAAGGUUGCUACCUAACCCCAGCUCAAAAGCCCGACAUUCCCGCUUUCGCCGCCUGCCCUCGCUGCGAACUCGCGCACUGGUGCUCUUCGACAUGCAAAGCCGCCUUUGACCGUAUACACACCCCAUCGCAGUGCGAUGCCUUAUACGAGGCAGAGUGCGCCGACCGGCUCGAGGCUGACUGGCGGCGAAUGGCCAACAGACCACAGAACUUCAACAUCGCCACCGAGAGGUCCUUCCACCCGCGAUACGUGCCUUUGACGUCCAUUUCAGGCUGGAACGAGUACUUCAGGAUCUCCGACCCGAGAGUCUCCGAGACGAUCUCAAGGAUCGCCGAGGUGUACGGCAAGCAUGAUCUGAGGAGGUCGGGACGCGGCGCGGCGCUGUUAGUCAAGGAGGCAUAUAGCCCCCCACUCACGAUCGCGACGGCCCUCGAACGCGCCCAUCGGACAUGGCUACUCGAACGACGCUCUGCAUCCACAUCGUCGGCGAAGCACAGUACGAGCUGGGCCAUCGAGGCGUGUUCGAGAACAUACUGCAUUACUAUCCCCGCCUGCGUGCCCUCCACCUGUGUUUCGUCGGUCCGCAAGCUAGCAGCACGCCUACGAGUCCGAAUAAAGCGUGCGCGCAGUGUCAACGGCAGGGAAGGUACUCACGCACCGGAUCUCGUUGUGGGAUUCAAUACGGGGAUGUCCGAGGUCGACGAGUCCUCGUGGGCAAAGACCCUGGAUGUUAUCCUGGACAAAAGUACACCGGCACUUUUCACGGCUGAUACGAAGCGCGAGGCCGAUAUGGAAGAGAAGAUGUUGCGCGGACGGGGCGCGCACUUUGUGCAGGGCGUCGAGUGCAAUAGAUGGCGUGGGGUCCGCGCUAUGACGCAUCUACCGUGCGAGGAGGCGUUUCUGGAUGGCGGGCAACACACCACGGGUUAUAGUUCCCAUUAUGUGUAUAUGAUACAAGGUCGCGAGCCGGGCUAUCAGUCUGUCCAGCAGUGGCAGGAGGAGUCGGGAGGUUGCAUCGUCGUAUGA